AUGGCAGACGCGGCGCCUGAUCGUUUCGCAAGCACUUCGGCGAGUUCGGGGCCAUCUACUACGGCUCAUGGAGACAGUACGGCGGCGAAGAACAGGCAGAACAGGAUCGUGCGGGCAUGCGAUAAUUGCAGGCGGCGCAAGAUCCGCUGCGAUGCGAUGGGAGGAGCGACAGGACCCGAGGGAGCCACGGCGGAGCAACCGUGCACGCUGUGUGCCUCGCAGGGUGUUCCCUGCACCUUCGAGCAACGACCGCAGAAGCGAGCACCGCCGAAGGGCUACGUCGAAUCGCUCGAACGGCGUCUCGAAGCGAUGGAGGGGCUUCUCUCUUCACUCUCGAAGCAAGAUGGGCCGCCAAGCAGCACUGUCCCGAAAACCUCUGCACCCGCCGCUGUCGCACCCAGACCUUCGGACUACGGCGGGCUCGCCGCUACCGACACGGCUUCGUCCUCGAGAGCCCCCAGUCCGCCUCCGACCGACCUCGAUGCGAUUCAGGGAUUGAGUGAACGACUGGACGAUCUCGUCAUCGAGGCAGAUCGUUACGUCGGGCGAGGCAGCGGCUUCCACCUGGUCCAGUCCGUGCACGAUUAUGUCUCGCUUCCCCUCGACACAAGCAAGACGACGGCACUCGUCGAUACUCUCUUGACCGACCAGCACGACCGCUUUCACAGCCUAGUCACGAUGCCGCCGACCGAGCUUUGCGAACAGCUCGUCGAGGCGUUCUUUGCGCAGCAUUCGGGUGUCCUGAGCGUUCUCAUCCACCGCAAGUACUUUGAGGAAUGUGUCAUGCGAGGAAUGGUGCGGACGGACAAGGGCUUUCGCAGUUUGUACUAUGCCGUCUGCGCCGUCGGCGCUCGCUAUGUCGACGAUCCUCGUCUCCUUCCUCCGCCCAGCGUUGCUGCAGCCUUCCCUGGCCAAGCCCGCCUCGCAUCCGGUUUCGCCUUUUUCUCUGCCGCGAUCGCGACCAGCACGACGCCCUUCGCCGCACCUGGCCUCGCCGACAUCCAGACAAGCAUCCUACUCGUUGCCUGGCUUCUCGGCGCGACCAGCAUCCUCACUUCCUGGACCAUAAUUGGCUUUGCGGUACGACGAGCGAUUGACGCAGGCGCGCACCGCGAGAACCGGACGAGGUGGAGCGCUUCGCCUGUCCAGAACCAGCUUCGCAAGCGGGCGUUUCACCUCCUCUGCAGCCUCGACUUCUUCAUCUCGUCGUCAUUGGGUCGGCCGACUGCCGUGCACGAAGACGACUACGAUGUCGAGCUGCCGCUCGAGAUCACGGACGAUGCGCUGUGGGAAUGGGAACUUGCGGCGCGUCGAGCGAUAGCGGAAGGACGAGCGGUACCUGAGAGUCCCGUCUCCCCGGCGCCCAGUCCGACGGGCGAGAUGACGAAGUGGAAGAGCGCCGUGGAGCUGCACCGCAUCAUGGCGAAGGCCUUGCGGCUCAUGUACGGCGUCAAGGUGGAGUUGACCCGCGAGAAGGUUGUCGAAAACGUCACGUAUCUCGACUCGUUGCUCAACAGCUGGCUCGCCAACGUUGCGCAGCCCCUCAGAUGGAACCCGGCUCAACAGGACGACGACCUCCUCUGCCAGAGCGCAUGGCUCAUGUGCAUCUACUACCAAACGCAGAUCCUCGUGCACCGCGAGUUCGUCUCGCCCUCUCGCUCUCGCGCACUCGGCUUCCCCUCGCUCGCCAUCUGCUCGAACGCCGCCCGCGCAACCGCCCAUGUCGUCGACGUCCUCCGGCAGCGCAACGUCAUCCAGAAAUGCUACAGCUGGGCUCCAGCCCUUGCCGUCAACGCAGGGCUCAUGCUCCUCUUGGGCGUCUUCGCCACGCCGGCAGGGCCGCCAGGCAGCGCGCGCCCGACCCUCACGCCCUCGGCAGCAAGCGACGUCAAGCGGUGCAUCAACGUCCUCGAGAAGCUGCGCGAGUCGUCCUUCAUGGCGCAGAUGUGUCACCCUCACUUGACGGCGCUGGCGGCUCUCACGAGUGCACCACCUCCGGCCGCUCGCCAUCCUCAGCCGAUCGCCUCGUCACCCUCAACGCCUCAGCAUACAAACUUGAAACGGGUCAACCCGGAGGAAUGGGCGGACGGACGCAGUCCUGCCGACUCGUCUCGCGCCGACAGCGGCGGCGGAGGUUCGGACAAGCCGUCACCUGUCGAUACGACCGCGGCUUCUACGCUUGAGAUGUCGCACAAGAUUCGACGAGUCGACCGCGGUGUCGUACCAGGACUUCCGUUCUCAACGCAAGACCUGAGUGCGGCGACGUUCAACGGCCGCCAUACGUUCGAUUUCGGCGCAGAUUGGUCUGCCGCGCCUCCAGUCCCGCAGAACGGACUUGCUCAACCCCCGCCGUCAACGGAAUCGGCAAGCGCAAACGGGACGAGCACGCUUGCGGCGGACUAUCAAGCAAUCAUGGCUCAGUUAGCGGGUGGCAACACCUCGUCCACCUUUGGCGCGUCCGGCGUCGACCCCUUCACGCUUGGCAACCCGAUGCCGUCGCCGUUCGGCUCCUCUACCUCUCAUUCCACCGCGACUCUUCCUGCUUCAGCCUUCUCCCCGACUUCCUUCGACCACUCGAUGCUCUUCUCCUUCCCCGACUUCUGGAACCUCCCGACCGAUAACCCGUCGAUAGCCCCGCCCGGCAUCGAGCAAGUCGCAGGCGACAUCCUCUCGCAAUUCGGCCUUCCGCCCCGCCAGCAGCAGCCGUUUCCCACCUCUUUCGCAGCGCCCGUUCAGACACCGAGCUCCUUCGCGGCCUCGACUGGACCUGCCGGCCUUUUCGCCCCGUCGCCUGCUCAAGCAUCGACCGCGCAGUCAGCUCAGAUGGCCGCGCCCCUGGGUAUGAACACGCAGAGCUCUCCUGCGGGCGGAGACAUCGACUGGCACACCGCCUUCUUUUCCGGCGCGACUUUCCCUCCCCCUCCGGCCUAA